CCAUUUUUUUUUUUGAGAGGCCGAGUUGAGGCUCUCUCUCUCUACUCUCACUCUAAUCUUUCAGAAGGAGAGAGCUAUGUCUUUUUUUUCCCGAUCAAUAUCGGAUAUGAUCUUCGACUACUUUUUUGCUUGCUUUAUAUUUAGUCGGAUAAUAAAGUUUUUCCGUUUAUCGGAUAUGCUUUUCCGGCUAAGACCGGACUUGUCUCUCUCUUGCAGAUAUGCUCUGUCUCUUUGAGGCGAUAAGAUUCAGAUCUGAUCGAUGAUGAUGAAAACUUCUUCUCCAAAAAAUGGUAUUGUCUUCUCUUGGCUGCGAGUCUACUCCCUUAAUACCCUAUUUGAAGAGCCUUUUAAGGCGGAGGGUGAGGUCAUGAGGUGUGAUGAUCGAAGCUUAAUUUUACGGAGGUAGAAAGAUUUCAACCACUUGGGAUCUGGUUUGAUUAUCUGCAGAAGAAACUAUAACGGUGGUACACAAGCAUCAUCGUGAAGUUGGAGAUUGAAGUGUUGUCGGCGGCAAGUUCCGGCACACCAGAAACUAAAUCGGAGAUGCAUGACGGUUUGAACUUCAUCUUGACACGUGGCAUUGGGUGUUUAUUGUUCUUACAUGUGUCUAUGUAUGUGUCUAAACUAAUCGUCUGUAUUUGGGCCGAAGUAGGCCUAGUUUGUACCAACGUUUCAACCCUUUUGGGUUUCAUUAUAAAACGAACGAAAAAAAAAGUAAACCGUUUCUUUAUUUCUCCAGAAUCAAAAUCAUUCAAUCCCAAAGAUGGUCAUUUUUUUAUUAUCAAGCAAAAACUCACACUCGGCCAGAACAAUCCCACAAAUGGCUACCAAACUACCACCGAUACUACUCGUCGUCUUCCUCUUCUUAAUCACCGGCGUACAAAUAGCCACCACGGAUGAGCCGAUUCCAUCCCCAUGGCAACAUCAGUUCCACGCGCUUCUGUUCAUGAACUACUCCGGCGACCUCUCGAUGAUCGACCUUUGGUACGACUGGAAAAACGGUCGCAAUUUCAACAUCAUCCAGGAGCAGCUCGGUGGCAUCACCUACGACCUUGAAUGGAACAAUGGAACCUCUUUCAUCUACUCGCUCGACGAAUCAAGAUCUUGCCGCUCUGCUCAGCUCGAGGUUGGGAUCCUGCGACCAAACUGGCUAGAUGGAGCAAAGUAUCUAGGUCAACAACAUGUGAAUGGGUUUCUCUGCAAUGUAUGGGAGAAAGUAGACUUUAUAUGGUACUAUGAGGAUGUUGAAACCAAGAGACCCGUGCAAUGGAUCUUCUAUACAGGGAGGGAGGCUCAUGUGAUGACAUUCGAGGUUGGUGCGGUUCUAGAGGAUGAGAAAUGGCAAGCACCUCUUUAUUGUUUCAACAAAGAGAAGAAGAAUUUAUCAUCUAGAGAGGGAGGUUUGAGAGAAUUUAGAGGAUACAAAGAAAAGGCUAUUUUGUAAUUCUCUUUUCUAGGAUCAAAUUAAGAAGGGUGAAUAAAUGGGAUUUAUGGUUACUUGUAGACCGGUGUUCUGUAGUCAGAUUCUAUAUGUUUUUAUUUAGAAAAAUG